AUGUAGAAGAAGAAGAAGAAGACGAAGAAGAAGCUCACACGUGUGUUUCCAACAUGUCUGCCCGCCGUGUUGUUGUGUGUUGAGAUGACAUGAGCUGUGUCGAGAGAGAGUUUAACGCUGUUUGAUUUUAGUAUCGUGUACAGUAAAGUCUUUAACAGGGCACUAAAGCUUCAGGAUGGCCCAGAGGAAGAAGAAACUCACCAAGAAGAAGAGAUACACCGCCAACUCUGACUCUGACAGCGGAGACUUUGAGCUGGCUGCUGAAGUCAAAGAAGAUGACUCUGUCUCACAGCCAGGGAGGAAACUGCCACGGUUCCCCACCACAUCAGACUGCCUGUCAGAUGUGGAGCCGGACACCAGGCAGUUGGUCAGAGCCCAAAACAAAAAGAAAAAGAAGUCUGGAGGCUUUCAGUCCAUGGGUCUCAGUUACCCUGUAUAUAAAGGCGUCAUGAAGAAGGGUUACAAAGUCCCUACUCCAAUCCAAAGAAAGACUGUCCCAGUGAUCUUGGACGGUAAAGAUAUAGUAGCCAUGGCUAGGACCGGCAGUGGUAAGACAGCUGCCUUCCUGGUGCCCAUGUUUGAGAAGCUGAAGGCCCCUCAAGCCCAAACAGGAGCCAGGGCCCUCAUCCUGACCCCCACCAGAGAGUUGGCCCUACAGACCAUGAAGUUCACAAAAGAGUUGGGAAGAUUUACUGGCCUCAAGACUGCCUUGAUCCUUGGUGGAGACAGAAUGGAUGAUCAGUUUGCUGCUCUUCAUGAAAAUCCUGACAUAAUCAUCGGAACACCCGGUCGUCUGAUGCACGUCAUCAAGGAGAUGAACCUGAAGUUGCAUAAUGUGGAGUACGUGGUGUUUGACGAGGCUGACAGGUUGUUUGAAAUGGGUUUUGCCGAGCAGCUUCAGGAGAUCAUCCGGAGGCUUCCAGACACCAGACAGACUCUGCUGUUCUCUGCCACCCUGCCCAAACUGCUGGUGGAGUUUGCCAGAGCUGGACUGACUGAACCAGUAUUGAUUCGUUUGGAUGUGGAUUCUAAGCUCAGCGACCAGAUUAAGCUGUCAUUUUUCCAUAUACGUGUGGAUGACAAGUCAGCACUGCUGCUUCAUCUUCUGAGGAAUGUAGUGAAGCCUCACGAGCAGACGGUGGUGUUUGCAGCCACUAAACAUCAUGUCGAGUACCUCAAGGAGCUGUUGUCUUCAGAAGGCAUAGAGUGUGCCUACAUCUACAGCGCCCUUGAUCAGACUGCCAGGAAGAUCAACAUUGGGAAAUUUGUGCAUCGGAAAGCAAUGGUGCUAAUUGUGACUGAUGUUGCUGCUCGUGGUAUAGACAUCCCCCUGCUGGACAAUGUCAUCAAUUACAACUUCCCCUCCAAGGCCAAGCUCUUCUUGCACAGAGUUGGCCGUGUGGGUCGUGCUGGACGCAGUGGGACAGCCUACAGUUUGAUCUGUCAAGAUGAGAUGGCUUAUGUCUAUGAUCUUCACCUCUUCCUUGGAAGGCCUGUUCAGUUCGCCACACCUGAACACACACACUAUGUAGAGGGCGUGUUCGGUCGGGUCCCUCAGAGUAUCCUGGAUGACGAAAGUUCUCAUCUGAUCACAGCUCACGAAAACUCCCAGGACCUGCAAAACAUGCAUCGUAUCUCAGAGAACGCCUACAAGCAGUAUCUCAAGUCUCGACCGAACCCCUCACCCGAGUCCAUCAGGCGGGUCAAAAGCACGGAUGUGUCCGGCAUGGCCGUCCAUCCUUUACUAGGGUUAGGUUUGGAGAAAAUGGAACUGGAGCGCCUUCAGAUAGUCGAUGCCAUCAAAGGCUACAAAUCCAAAUCGACUAUCUUUGAAAUCAACUCUAGCAGUAAGACACAAGCUAGUGAGGUGAUGCGGACCAAACGCUCCAAAGACACACGGCUGCUGGACAAAUUCAGCAAACAGAAAGAUGCGCUGGCUGCAGAAAGCCGGAUACAGAAGCCCAUCAACCCCCCCACCGCUGAUGAUGAUUGUGCACUGUCUUCAGACAAAGAGGAGGAGGAGGAAGAUCUAAAGGGGGUGUUCUCUGCAGUGGUAGGUGGAAAAAGGAAAGGCCAGCGGGAAGACGGGGACGAAAGGUCAAAUAACAAAAGAAGCAGACAGUCGGGCAAAGAUGAGGAGUAUUACAUCCCAUACAGACCCAAAGACUUCAACUCUGAGAGAGGGUUAAGUCUCGGUGGAGAGGGCACUGCCUUUGAACAGCAGGCCUCCACGGCUGUGCUGGACCUCAUGGGAGAUGAAGGAGAGCGGCUCAACCAGCACAAAAGCAUAAUGAAAUGGGACCGUAAGAGGAAACGCUUCGUUAGAGAAACAGGAAAGGAGGACCAGAAGAAGAAGAUCAGAAUAGACAGCGGACAGGUCAUCAGUAACAAGAAGAAUAAGAAGAACUUUUAUGAGGAGUGGAAGAAAAAAUACAAGUUUGAUGAUGGAGGAUCUGGCUCAGACGGAGAAACAGGAGGAGGAGGAAGAGGCGGGAGAAGGCCAGGAGGAGGAGGAGGAGGAGGUCGUGGUCGUGGCCGUGGCCGUGGCCGGGGAGGUCCCAACUUCCAGAGCCCUAACUUCCAGAGGUCUGCAGGGCCGCAGCAGACGCCCGGUGGCCGCAAAAUCCGCUCGGAGCUGAAGACGAACGAGCAGAUCCUGAAACAGCGCAAGAAACAGCAGAAGCACCGGUUCCUGCAGAGUGGAGGUCUAAAGAACCUCCGCACCAAGAACAAAAAGUAUCUUGGAGAUGUUAAGAAGUCAGGUUUUGGGCGGGGCAGUCAAAAGAAGGGUAAGAUGAAGAAGAGACUCUGAGCAGGACGCAGAGAGAGAACUGUCUGGGAGUGCUGUAAGAUGGUCAAGGUGGAGGCACCACGAGGGACUGGAUGGAUAUCUGGACUCAUUAUCUUCGCAGACCACCUUAAAUAAUUUCACAGUCUUUCAUGAUUGUGAAUUAAAGGAGUUGAGUAAAGCAUUUUUAGACUGUAGAGGUGAACUUCACAUUUUCUAUCAUUACCUACUGAACUCUGAAUUUGAUACAGUGUAUGUAUAAGAAUGAUACAGUGUACUAUGUGUAUACACAUUAUCUCGCAAAAUACAGAUAUUAAUAAGGAAAUUUUCUGCACUGUCUUCAUUUGCAGUUAUAUGUUGAUAUAACAAAACAAAAGUGUAUUUAUGAUGGUACAUUUAUUUGGCAGUAUAUCUUUUGUGCACAAUUCUUCUACAACC